AUGCGGACAUUUGAACACAUAGUGGGACUCUUUAUUCUCUUGGUAAACCUCGUUUGUGCACAGGAUCUGCCUGAUUUUUACUCAAAGUCAAAACACAUAGCGGAGUUAACGCCCAGGACAUUCGAUGAUGUUGUGAUGGGUACAAACCAUACCACAGUUGUUGAAUUUUAUGCUCCCUGGUGCAAGUACUGCCAGCUAUUUAGAAACAAAUACAAGAAGGCAUCCAAGAUUGCAUCAGACUUUGUUCAGUUCGGUGCUGUUGAUUGCAAUAAGGAAUAUAACAAACAAUUAUGUGCCAAGUAUAAAAUCCGUGCUUUUCCCUCCGUGCUGAUAUUUAGGGCACCGAAAUUUACAGGAAAGCCUUCACAGGAUCGUCACAGUUCUGAGGAAUACAAGGAUGCGAGAGAAGUUGGUCCCUUAGUUGAAGUUUUGAAGGGAAGAGUGAAGAAUUAUGCCAAGAGGGUCAAUACCAGGAAGUUGGAUUCGUUCCUCGAUGUUUCCACUGCCAAACAUAACAGAAGUCUCUUGCUUACCCAAAAAUCGACGCUCUCGCCUCUAUUUAAGAGUUUGUCGAUAGACUUUUUGGGAAGUCUAGAUUUGGCCCACAUGGACAUUAACAGAGAAGGUGCACGGGAGGCGUUAAAAAAGAAUAUUCCAGAUCUCUCAGAGGAUUUCCAGGCUCCCAUAUUGCUUGCAAUAUCAAAGGAGGAAGGUAUCAAGAUCUAUGAGGGGGAUAUGCGGAAAAAGAUGGAAAUAUCAAAGUUUCUAGAACAUUAUGGACAGCCACAGGAUGGUCCAUUAAGCGUGCGUGGAAAAGCAUUGCGUGCCAUAAUAAGGGGGAAGGCGAAGAGCUUUAAGCAGUAUUUUAAGAUGAAGAAGAUGGCAGCCAAGGCAAGUUUGAAAAAAGAUGAGCUCUGA